AAAGGAAUCGUUUUUAAAGUACUCAGCUUCGCCAGGCGUAGCGAUGAGAAGCAGAAUGUUGUAUGUACCGACGAUACCGGCACUUGGACAUUUGCCAUAGCUGAAGGAGUCACUGAUUUUGCUCAUGGAGGUGUACCAUUGAACAAGAGUUUCAACUGCUUUGAAGGUUGCCUGGCUACCGGAACAGCGGUACAGAAUUUCAAGGUCAGGUUUUUUUCUUCUAUCACUCAACAAAAUUUCAAGAAAAUAAUAUGUUUGCUCGCAACUCUAACAAACCACGAAAACUUUGAAAUGCAGAAACCUUGUUCCCUAGUUAUACUAGGGUAUUCAGACGAUGGUGACGAUCCAAAUGCUGACUCCUGCAUUGACCCAGUGUUGCGUGAUGACAUACAAAAUGCGUUGAACAAGGUUACUGACCAUUCAUGCAAGGAUAUGAACUUCUGCGCAUACAUCGGAGUUGUUUCGCCGUAUUUGUACGAUAUUCGCAUGGGAAAGAUUGAUAUGUCGUAA